AUGCGCGCAGUCUACCAGUCAAGUUACACCCCAAAACGGGGUGAAAGCGAGCAUAGACAGUGCACGACAAGCGCACAGAUCACCAAUGGACAAGCUGAAGGCGAACAGACCGGCCAAUCAGACGGCCAACCUUUAGGUCACCCAGAUUGCCGCAUGUGCACUUCUCGGCUUCGCCUCGGUCGCAAACGCCCCACAGGGCAAAUUCUUGAAGUACCAUCCUGGUGCGUUCAACUUUAUGGCAUGGCUCAGUUACGCAUUGAUACACUUUUGCUUCAGCUCUUCACCUGGCUCAGCCAAGUAGUCCAUCGGACCCUAACCGAUCAGAACUCAAUGGGUGGAACCAUUCAAUCAACCGGAGACUUUGAAGAUGCCCAUCAUCGUCUCGAGCGUGAGAUGAUCUUUCGAGAACGUGACUUUGAUGCACUUAGAGCUCAGACGAUGCGACUUUCCAGUGAGGACAGACCAGGUGUUCAGGUGAGCGCCAAGAUAAAAGCCUACUUACACUGA